AUGUUUGCGACCGAUAUAUCCCCUUAUCUUCUCUGCGGCGCCGCCCUCGCUUUGGCUGCGUUGUUGUUUUGGCUCUGUAGGAUAUUCUUCAACUCCACAUCGACGACACUUGCAAAUGUCCCACUCCUCACCAAGUGGCCAGAUCUCCCCCCAGGAUGGUGGACAGAUUCUGAACGCUUCCAAACCGAGAAACGUGCCAUCUUCAGCCAGACUUGGAUUUGCGUAAGCCAUCGCAGCCGCUUCGUCAAGGCCGGGGACUACAUCGCCUUUGACAUUGCGGGAUUCCGUGUCCUCCUCAUUCUGGGCAAAGACGGCACCGUACGAGCAUUCCAUAAUAUUUGUCGCCAUCGUGCUUUCCCCGUGGCCAAGAAGGCUUCUGGAUCCUCGACUGUGCUCGGCUGCAGAUACCAUGGAUGGAGUUACGAUACCAAGGGCCAGCUCACAAAGGCACCUCAUUUCGACAAUGUCCCCGGUUUUGAAAAGAGCCAGAACGGGCUCUUUCCAAUCCACACAAGAGUGGAUGAUGGUGGAUUCCUUCACAUCAACAUGAGUGCAAGUGAACCGGCUGGAAACGAACUGUCACAUAUCAAAAAGACUUCUCAACUUGCCAGUAUCAGCCAAAACUCUCACUUUAUUGACAGUUGGGAAGUAAAAGGAAGCUUUAACUGGAAAGUAAUAGUCAAUGACACCCAGCAUACCUUUCAGACACCUACAACAGACGGCAUAUCUCGCCUCUUCUCUGACAAAGACUCCGUGUCUACAGGCCAGAAGCGUCUUGGACCACUGACUACCGUAUCUUUAAAGCCUAGUAGUCCACUCUGGUACCAAGUCACAUACUCCCCAGACUCUGUCGGACAGACAACGGUACGAUGCGACGUAUAUUCGACCAAGAAGCCUGGUGCAUAUGCUUUUGACAACGCUUCAAAAGCCAGUUUGAAGGACCAAAUUCAGGCCAUGGUCCACCAACACGAGGGCAUUUACACUAAGCUCACUGGCCCUGACUUUGACACACUUGGUGGUGGAUAUGAGCAGUUCAAGAUCGCCGACAUGGUCGAUGCCCAUCUUGAGAAGGAAAAGCUUCAAGGGCAAGAGAUCAAACCAUCUGCCAUCCAGCAAUGCAGAAGCGCAGCAUACAUGCAAGCGGAAGGAAUCUGUAGAGCAAUGGAGUGUGGCAGUGAAAAACUUGAGUGGUGA